AUGAAACGUGUACUGGUAUUGAAUGCAGACUCCUUUGUGGGUAUUCAUGUGUGUCGUCGUUUUUUUGAGAAAAAAGAGUAUUUGAUUGAUGGUACACUAUAUCAUCAUCCAAAACAUAAGAAAACAAGCCAAGUUACCCAAGAUGAAACGAAGAAUGAUGAUUCUCAUUCAGUUAAAAUUAAUAAUACGAUUAUUCCUACUGAGGAUCCUUCUCAGUCUUUUGAUCCUUCAGUACCAGAUGAUAUGAGUUCAUUCUUAAACUCUGUGAUGCCUCGACAUGGUGAGAUUAGUGAUGAACAGUUUCGUGUUAGAGUUCUAACAUAUGAUAUUAUCAUUGCUGUCCUUGAAGAAGACGCAUUUGAAGCAGAUUGUACUAUUAAAAUUCUCCUUGGUACGCAUUAUGAAGUAGAAAAGACUUUUGUACUUGUAUCCAAUGUCUUUACAUGGACUCAAUCAGAUGCACAUGAGCGUGAACUUCAACGGGCUGAGGAAAGGGCAGCACGAUUAGCUGAACGUGCAAAUAAUGAUGCUGAUAGUGAUACAGGGGCAACAGAUGAUAUAGAAGAAGAGGAAGAAGAAGAAGAGGAAGAAGAAGAACUAGAGUUAAAAGUAUGGACAGAAGAAGAUUAUCACAAACGUUACCCAGAUUCACGUUAUCAUGCCUGGAAAGAACUUGAACAUACUGUAAAGCAUGCUAAUUCUGAAACCUUACACACUUAUGUGCUAUGGGCUGGAUUACCAUAUGGUGGUGGUGAAGAUUUACUUGGACCCUACUUUCAUGCUGCAUGGCUUCAUGAAAAAAUAUUUCAGUAUGGAAAUGGAUUAAAUUAUAUACCAACUAUUCAUGUAAAAGAUCUCUCACGUAUUAUUUACCUCGUUGGAUCCUCUUACGAUACUUUGGAGGAACGUUAUAUGUUUGCCGUUGAUCAAGGAAAUAAUACACAAGCAGAUAUUUUACAAGGUAUAAAAGAUUUUAUUGGUGGUGUUAUAGAGACUACAACUCUUGAAAUUGACCAUGAUAAUGUAUUAUCAAACGAGAUUAGAGAGAAGCAACUAGAAAGGUUAGAUAGUGAAAUUAACCGUGAACGUCGUAUGAUAUUAGAUAUUCGAAGACGAGAAAGGGCUUUACAAAUGAAUUUAGAACCUUGGCAGCAGCAGCAGUUUGUUGAAGAUGGGGAAAGUGAGGAUAGUGAGGGUAGUAUACCAGUACAUAUUGAAGGACUUGCAGUAAGUUUACCCCAUGGAUUGCAAAAUUGGUUAAGUUCUGUUAAUGUAAAAUGUGAACCUGGUGCUGUUCUUUCUCUUCUUGAAGAAUCAGACUGGGUUUCACUAGGAGGAUUUUUUGCAAAUGUUGACAAGGUUGUAAAAGAAUUUAAAAAAGAACGGAUGCUUCGCCCUAUGCGUCUUGUUCUCUCUGGUCCACCCAUGAGUAAGACAGAAGAUGUUGCUGAGACUUUGGGAGAGUUAUUUCACAUUCCACAUUUAACAAUAGCAAAUGUGAUAGAGUCAUACGAGGAACAUGUGGCAGGUGUACGUUCAGAACUUGUAGAGAUUCUACUACGACGACGUGCACGACGUCAGGCGGCUAAAGAUGAACGUAUUCGCCGUGAAGAAGAACGGUUAAAGCGAGAACGGGCAGCGACAGAAGAAGAAGAAGAAGAAGAAGGUGAAGAGGGAGAAGAAGAAGAAGAUGAAGAAGAAGGAGGUGGAGGUGGAGGUGGUGCUGGUGAUGAGAAAGGAGGUGAUGAGGAGGAUGCCACAGAAGAAGAAGAAGGUGAUGAAGAGAACAGUAAAGAUGGUAAGAAAGGUGUGGAUGGUAAUAAAACUGCAAUAGGUGAAGAGAAUAUCGCUCUCGCAACCAUCACAGAGAGUGAGUUACUAGACCCACCAGAGGAUGAGGAAGAAGAAGAAGAAGAUAUCGGGAGUGAGGAUGAGAAGGAUGAAAAGGCUGCAGCCAUCGCCCAACAGGUGGAUAUGGCAGAACGACGUCGUAUUGAAGUACUAAGAGAAGAGUAUCGUUUUGCCAAAAAACUUUUAUCUCUGCAUCUCUUGAAUGGUGAGUUCCCUCAACGACCGAGUGAAGAUGAUGAUGAAGAAGAGGAAGAUGAAGAAUACGAUGAUGAUGAAAGAAGAAAACGCAGGAAAGAAAAAGAAGCCGCUGCCGCUGUUGCUGCCGCUGCUGCAACUGUACCACCACCUGUUUAUCGUUAUCUUGAUGAAGCUCUGGCUGUAAUGGUGCGGUGGCGGUUGCGACAGGAUGAUUGUCGAAGUCAAGGUUAUAUUCUUGAGUGUUUCCCAGAGACUGUACGUCAGGCUUGGUUAACAUUCCUAGCUGAUACAGAAGAGCAAAAGGAAAUGCAACGUCCUAAACUGCAGAGAGAGCGUGAAGAAGAAGCGGGUCCUCAGUUACCACAGGAUGCCGCAUUUCCAUUACCUGUACUGGAUGAUUUGGAUGAGGUUCAACAGAAAGAAAUGUUAGAUGCGAUGGAAGGAAAAACUUUUCUCACCGCAGAAGAGGCUCUUAGUCCUACAAAUGAUGUCUUUUUUCCAGAUUGUUUUAUUGCAUUAACGUGCAGUGAAAGUGUUUUACAGGCACAAAUGUCUGCAUUAAAAGAGAAUACUACUAUUUCUUUCAAUGGGAUGAACGGAAGUAUCACUUUGAACGGUAAUAACAAUGCAACUCCUGGUGUAAAGGAAUUCUAUGAUAGGCUUACACGAUAUAUGAAAAAUAAUCGUCCUAAUGCCCCUCCAACAGAAUCUCUUAUCUCUUGGUUUCAAACUGUAACUGUUGAAAAAGUGGAAGAUGAAGUUGGAGAAGGAGUAGGAGGAAGUGAUGGGAAUGAGGCUGAAGGUGAUGAUGGUGAGAAACCACCACGCACAGCAUGUGUAUUACUUAUUCCUGCACUUCUUAAUGUUCCCAAUCCUGCUAACAUGCCCAAUUCCAGUAUGAGUUCCUUUUCCGCCUCUACUACCACAUCUGUUCCUCGUGCUUAUUCUCUUCCCCAGAAUGAUCUCUUUCGCGAGAGGGACGCCCGUCUUGAGACCUACUGCGAUGCGAUCCGUUGGCGGAUACUAAAGUCUAUUGGUUAUGGCUGCUGUGGAGAAACAGUGGCGGCGGCAUUUGCAGCGGAAGAGGCUGCACGUGUACGGCAAUUCCAGGAGUUUGAGUUGGAAGCAGGAAUGCUGGACCGACUCUACGCCGCGGAGGAUUUCUUCGCCGCAGCCACACUCAAAAAGGAAAAGACCAUACUCGCCGAGGAGGAGCGGGCCCUGCGGUAUUAUCAGGCGCGAGAGGAAUUUGCCGCAGUGGCCGGGGCUGAGCGGAUCCCGGCGGAUGUGUAUCUCAUGCGGUACGUGAUGCCGUCCCUCACGCCGCUGCUGGCGGAUGUUGUGCGGCGGCGGCCAUCGGAUCCCGUCACGGUUCUCGCAGAUGCCCUCUUUCACCAUAAACGACAAACUACACUCUAA